GUUUUGAUAUUGAAUUCAGUUCAUUGUUUCACAUUUAACAAUAUUGAUAAACUUUGUAGCUUUUAUCAUUGAUUUGUGCUAUAUGCUGUAUGCAAACGACUACAUUAUUAUCUAUUUUGUGAUAAAGACAACAUUACAGUCUUGGAUCUCUACACGAAAUGUUCAUUUUUCGGCUCCAGAUUUUCUCUCUACUACUAUUUAUAGGAAUUGAAGGUUCUGUAGCCAGCCCGACAAAUACAGCCUUUCCGUCAACAAUCAUAGAAGAAGCAAAAACAACAACAGAAGAUGCAAUCAAACAUGAUUCGCCCCAAACAAUUGAUCAAAAGGAACACGAGGAAAAGCGGCAGCAAUGGGACUGUACAUCCGAAUCAAACUACGUCCAAGAACAACUAGCUCUGACAUCCACACUGCUGGAAGAGGGCUACAAAAUCACACACAAACAAAAGGAUCUGGCAGCUGAUGAAGUAAUACUUGUACUAGGUAAGGCUGGAAGUGGCAAGACAAGCAUAGUGCAGUUCCUGACAGAAAAUCCAAAAUUGCAAUCGAAAAAAGUGAAAGCAGAGACCGGUGAAUUCAUAAUCGACGAUGGAGAGAAGAUUGGAACGUCAGCCACUGAAUCGUUCACACUCUACCCUGAACUGGUCAACUAUAACUCAACCAUCAACUUUUGCGAUUCUCCAGGGUUCCAUGAUUCGAGGAGUUCUGCACAUGAAAUUGUUUCCAUGGAUAUCAUGAAGACGAUAACAAAAAGAUUCAAGAGGGUCAAGAUUUUACUACUUGAAAGAUACGGUUCGUUACAGUAUGGAUUAUCGAAGGAUAGCUUCCUCAAAACUCUCCGGCAUUUGAAUGAUUUCUUGGUGGAUUUCGAUAGAUAUAGAGAACACAUUGUCCUUGUUGCAACAAAAUUACCAUUUUCUUACAGAAUGACGGAUGAUGCAGGGGUGGUACCAGAGUUUAUAACAGAUGAAAUGCAUAUCGAAAGUAUUUUAGAAUAUUUGAAUCAAACGGAACUAUCGUUGACAGAAAAGCUCUCACAGAAAAUCAGUAAAAAAACGGAAGAUUUCUAUCAGAAAGCUAUAAGAUUAUUGCAAAGCUUUCAGACUAGAGAUGAGAAUGGGAAAGCAAGUAGAAUAAAUGUAUUCCGCCGACCAUAUAAGUCAGGACCUCUGAAAAACAUGCCAUUGUUAGCAAAGAAUAGGAAGUCACUAUCUGAAACUAUCAUGAAUUUGGAAUAUGUAGUAGUGAAGGAGAACGAUUUCGACUUCACUUUGUCAAAUGAAGCUAAGUUGUACCUGGAAUGCUUGCUGAAGUUGUCAAAUGAUAAUUAUAAAAAUAAGAUCAAUGAAUUAUCUUUCAUAUUGAAAGAAUAUGUUACUCAGAAGACUCAGAAUUACACAAGUUUCAACCAGAUUUCGACAGAGUUAGACCUACUGUACAGUGCAUUGAGAGAUUUGUCAGAAAAUCUUGAUGAAACAAAAAAUUAUAACCAAUUCUUUGAAAAGGUUCAGAGUUUUAUCUCUGAUCAGAAAAUUCCUUCGCAGUACAAUUAUAAUAAUAGAUUACAAACUUUGGAGAAAAUUGAAGAAAUGCUUAUCAAGUUUGUUGACACAAGUACAGUUUUUAUUCCAUCUUCAUGGACCCUCCCCAUAAAACAUCUAGUGAAAUCUGUAGGGAGUGAGUAUGAAUGGUAUAAAUCUCUCAUCAUUUAUAUCGAGAAACUUUCAAGCUAUGAAACCCAGAAAAACAAAACCGAAACAUACAGUGCAAUAUUUCAAAAUACGUUCACAGUGACGAGUAAUUUGAUGGCAGUUUUUAUGGAUGCUACAGGGAGCAAAAACGUUAAACAAUUUGUAGAUGCGCAAGCUGAUGAUAGGAGAAAACUAGAAAUGGAAACUAUUACAAAAACUUUACUGCAGAGAAGCAAUAUCACUUGUGAUGCCAAUGGAAGAUUGAUUGUGAAAGGAUUCUUAAUUAGAUUAUCAGAAAUCAAUUCAGAGAGCUUGAUACGCUUCCACUGUAAUAACAUUACUUUGAAAGAAGUUGCCUUGCUAGCGGUUGACUCUGUAUUCUUGGAUGAGGAUACCAUUGAUAUGUUCCAGGAAGUAAACCUGUUUAUAGCGUCACCCAAAUGGCACGUGAUUGGACAGAGGCGAAUUGUUCUCAGUGGUAGAACAGGGAAGAAAAUUUACGAAAAUUCCCUCCUGGGUAAUGGGAAAGAUGGGAAACCUGGACUUCCAGGCGGCAACGGAGGAAAUUUCGUUGGUAUCGGAUUGCAGUUUUCAAAUGGAGAAAAUUUGCUUGUAGAGUCGAAUGGGGGUAGGGGGGGCCCUGGGAGUAAUGGUGGAAAGGGGGAGAGAGGCACAAGAGGUGAGGAUGCUGAAAAAAAGUUGAAAUUGGGCAUUUAUGACAAGAAUUAUACAUUCACCAAAGGAGUGGCGACUGAGAAACUUGUGAACAGUUUCUCAUCAAGUGAAAUACAGUUUUAUGCUUCUGGUGAUUAUUGCUCAUCUUGUUGCAGUUAUUAUAGGAGCGAAAUUAAUUUGGUGAGGCAAGAUGGUGACUGUGGGAGUGAUGGAAGUAUUGGAGGGUUUGGUGGAGAGGCAGGGUUUGGAGGACUUCCAGGAGACCAACAACUGGUUGAACUAAGUGACUCAUCUCAGAUUAGAUUUGAGAGUAAAAACGGCACUAAGGGUUCUCGUGGAAGUAUGGGUGGAACUGGAGACCAAGGCAUGAAUGGUGUUGGAAUGAUUUGCAUUCAUGUAGUUACAAAGUAUGAAAGCUAUACAUCUAAUUUGAAAUCAUACUGGAAAUGCGAGUCUACAGAUAACACAACAUGCAAUACAAGUACCGUUAAAGACAAACCUAAACAGAUUCUUGAAAGCCAGCAUUUUACAAGCACAGGAAUUCAACAGCCAGCUCCUAGAAAAUCACCCGAUUUCACCUAUUAUUCUCUGGACUAUUCAAUCCUACUUAAACGUCACAGUAAUCACAUGAUAUUCAGUGAGAUAAUUACAGACUUCAAAGGAGCAAUGGAAAAACGAUUCUCCUAUGAUUUAAAUGGAAUUGGCAUGCUAUUUUUCCAGGAUAAUUCUGACUGAUAAUGCUCAGUAAUAUUAUUCAUAAUAUGACACAUUAUUCAAUGUUCAGUUACCAUAAGAGCUUAAAAGAAAGAUAUCAUAAGAAGAUUAUGUACAAAAGAUCAUUUCGAUAAUUUACUUAUUUUAUAAAAUGGAUAAAGAAUAAAGAUAUCCUAUGGUAUAUGGGGCGUUUAUGUAACAAAUUUCAUCAGGCCGAUUGUCUAAAUAUAGUUAUUUUCGUGAAGCUAUGUGACUCAGUAGUUGACAGUAAUCGGUUUGAAGUUUGGAACAUGAACGACCAUACUAUGGGUUAUCUUAUUAUGCUAUCUUUCCUCUAUAUGGUAUGAGUAGGCAUAUUCAGCUUUUAUAGACCAAAAUCGAUAAUGUUUACCGCUUGAUACAUGCAAAUCAUAAUAAUAUGUAUAUCCGUAGGGUGCUCAUAAACCGUAAAUGUACCGUUCAAACACCAAUAAAAAACACACUUUUUUAUGUAUUUGAACACGACAUGCAGUCGAUUAUUAAGUAAAUAUUAAAAACUUUUACUUACUGACUGGAGUACUUCAGUACAGUCAGUUGACUGUUGAGAAUGAUCGCCAGACGAUUGAAAGUACUCCAGUCAGUAAGUAAAAGUUUUUAAUAUUUACUUAAUAAUCGACUGCAUGUCGUGUUCAAAUACAUAAAAAAGGGUGUUUAUACAAAGCAGCUCGGAAUGGAUCAAGAAAUCAUCACCUUCAAUAAAAAAAGUCAGGAAUUCAAGGAAUUACCUACUUCAAUUUUCUAAUAAACGAAUCACCACUACAAUUAAGUUACUUUAUUAUGUAAUACAAUAUAAUGAAGGAGAGUAAAGUGAAUGAUCGAAGAAUACAUGCAACAUUAUAUAAGAGUUAUAAAAAUAGAUUAUCACAGUAGCCUACCUGGUAUCAAAAGUUUCACUGUACCGUAAAUUAUUACUGAAAAUGAUAGAUUAUUAUAUACUGUACUUGGAAAAGGCGCAUCCACCGGUAGGCUUAAUCUUUGUUAUUCAGCAAUAUAAUAUAAUUAUUAUGAAAUAAAUUUUCUGAUUAUAUAAUAAAUAUAUUUUCUGAAAUAUCUAUA